AUGGGCCUUCAAGGCGUGGAACUUGUCCAACAUCCUGAGGGAGGGAAUGGCGCUCAGCCACCUGUCACGGUCACUGGCGUUGCACCAUGGGCCUUCAAGAAGGAGCCCUCUGCACCUUCGGCGCCACGAGCACCACGAGCACCCGAGACUGGCACAUUGGGAAGCCUUCGAGAGGAGGAAGAGACUCCCAAGUCAGGGCUUGAUCGAGUGCAUGCGUACAUGAAGCUCUGCGUCCCGGUGAAACCCAUCGAAGGUCCCAAUAGCUGGGAGGUGUUUCACAAUCUGGUGUUCGGUCAUGAGGAUAUUGGUUUGGGAGCCUGGAAAAGACAGCGCAAAAAUUGGGGAUUUGUUUUCGCGCCGAUGGAGGAGUUUCAAUGCCGUGGGGCCUUCAGCGUGGUGCGCUAUGCGCGCACCAUCCAGAAGGGACCUUUCAUAGGAGGGUUCAUGCCCCCGCAGCCGUGCAACAAGUGUCGCGCGGUGCCGGCUGUGGAAGGUGACACGUGGUGCUACGGCUGCGCGGGCUGGGAGGCACUAGGCCGUGAGCUGACCGCGAGCUGGGAUUCACCCGGCGCUCGCAGGUUAGCCGCGGACUUAGCUGUCACCGCGGCCCGGCAAGUCCGUGCACUGCGAUCGUUGUCGGCGGGACUGGCCCGUCAACCUGAGGUGAGCCGCAGUGCUGGUACCACCGGUGCACCGCGAGCUUCACCUGUCGCCAGGCGCGGUCGAGAGUCCGACCGCAGCCAACGAGAGCGCCGGGAACGGAGCCGCUCUCGCCGAGGCGGAGACAGGAGGCCACCGGAGCCCGAAGGGCCCCCUUACCCUGGGGCUAAGUUGGCAGAGGACCCUACACUAAGGAUUCAUCGUCCCUUGAGCGGGAAUUUUCUGGAGCUGGCUACCUCUCAGCCGGGUGCUCUGGAUUUGGACAAUCUAGGUAUGGUCUUGGAGGUAAACUUGAUGAGCACAGAUCUCUUCAUCCUGGCCGAGACGUGGGCAGCCUUUCUUGUCCGAAAGGUAGAAUUGCAGGUGGAUGGAUCCGUCAUCAUCACUGCCCAAACUCUUGGAUGCGAAGAGGACGAGGCAGCAACAGCCAUUGCAGCACGAUUUCAAGGAAGGGAGUCGUUGCUACAUCUUUGCACCUCUCGACCGUGUGUAGAGCUGGGUCCGCACCCGGGCACUGCACCGUUGCUGCAUGUGACUUGUCUAAGAUGGUGGACGGUACGCAACUUUCAAGCUGGCUAUCUCUCAAGAGCCGUGCUCAACAAGUUGCCACAGAUGGCAAAGGAAGUUCAAGGAGGGGACAAACCUGUGCCCCGACGGCGCAAGAAGGACGCCGACGCUGGAGAUGGUGCUGGGCCUCCCCCGCGCAUCACGAAAGCAAGAGAGAAGGCAAAACCAAAGGAAAAGGCCAAGGAGAAAGAGGCACCAAAGAAAAAGAAGGCAAAGGAGACAAAGGAGAAGGAGAUUACCGAGCUGCAACGAGAGAAACUGCGUGCUCGGUUAGCAGAGGUCAAACGCAAACACACCGGAGAGGGUGGUCCAGCACCUCCGGUGGAGUCAGUGCUGUCCGGCUCGGGCGAAACUGGAAGCGAUGGAGAGGAGGAAGAGAGCUUCAGCUACGCACCAACAGAGGCGUUGGACACAGGGACAGUACUGCGAGAAGUCCGCCGUGGGAAGGAUUACAAGGUCCCUGCUGCAAAGGAAGACAAGCUAGUCCCGUACGAGGGUACAAAAGACAAAGAUAUGAGGAACUUGAGCGGGCAGCUAGUGAAGAAAGCGCUGGCAGUCAGCCGUGCGCGAGUCAAAGACAAGGAGAAGAAAAAGAAAGCAAAGGGAGGAGGAGAAGGGGCAGUUGCAGCCCUUCGAAAGAUCCUUCUGGGGAAGUCGGAAGGUACCCAGAAGGACAAGGACAAAGACAAGAAGAAAAAGAAAAAGAAAAAGAAGAGGAAGAGGCUAGAGAAUGGAGUGAUCGUCAGUUGCAGCACCUCUUCCUCAGGUUCCUCGGAAGCGAAGGAGGAGGCCGAGACAAGCGAGGAGAGCGACCUCGAGGCGCCGAUGAAGAAAAGGUCGAAAAACAAGCCCGGCAGUGUGCUGUCACUAUUGACGGAGCACAUCCGGAUGCAGAUGGAACAAGAUGCCCUCACAGAGGUCCCGAAGGAAGGCCGCCAGGUGACUUCGGGCGUGAAGGUGGUCUCCUACUUCAACCAGCACGUCAAGCCGAGCUUCCUGAGCCACCAGAAGGAGCUGAGAGAGAUGUAUACGCUGGGGUCCGCACUAGACCUACUUCGCGCUGGAGACUUGCCGCGUCUGGGCGACGCGCUGUCGGCGCGUUUCAUAGCGAUACAUCAAGCUCUCAUAGACCAAAACUGGCAGACGGCCCGCCAUAUGGAAUUAUUCCUUUUGGAAGAUUCCUCAGCCGCAAGCGCCAGUUUGGUCUUAGCUUCACGGAAGCAUCAGAAGCUGGUGGAACGAGCGCAGGGCAAGGGAAGCAACCCAGGCUGGUCAACAUGGACACCGAAAGGCAGGCCAAAAGGAAGAGGAGACUGGUACGACCAGGGCGAAGGACAAGGGGGAGGCAGCAAAAUGACUCCCCCUGAAGAGGAUGGGCUGGCCCCGGCCGAGCCUGUCAGGCAAGUUUCACGUGGCUUGGAGAAUUUGCAAAUGGCUGAUCUUUUUAUGUCGUGCCAUACGUUGCCGUCAGCAGGUGUUGCACUGGCAUGGGCGUUGUGCAACGCCGAAGAGACAUCACGGUUGCAGGGGAACCACAAAUUUAUGGAUGGUAUUUUCAACUCUGGCGCAUGGCCCAAGGCCAGGCGGAAACGCCAGGCCUUUCCUAUGUCUCUGGGGGAUUUUACUGAAGUAGACGUGGUGCUCAAGAAGACCCCUAUCGAACAAAUCCGUGAUGGAUCGCUGGCUUUGCAAUGGGGCCGACAAUGCUGGAUAAUGGCAGCAUGCUUUGCUUGCAAUGGACUGGCAGGUGCGCAAGCACCUUUCCAGCCGGGCCGCUGGAGUAAGUCCGAGCGGCGGCUAGCAGAAUCUGUGGGAAAGGCAGUCGACCGAUUGCUUGACCUGGGACGAGCUGACCGUUUUGAGCCGGCCGAGAUCGAAAAAGAGCUGAGAGGGCGUCGCCUGAACUAUGACGGGGAAGAAAUAGGAAUUUGCCAUGCUUUAACCCUAGAACAGGCCGAGACGGAUCCCAGUAUUACUGAUAUCCCUAUUCAAUGGAAUAGGCUUUGCUGGACAACGGAGGAGUUGCAAGAUACGCUGGAUGGUUUGGAAUUUGUAGAGCGGGACCACUGGACAAGCAUCAAAGCAGAAGCACCCUGGCCCGAGAUUCGCUCCAUCAAGUUAGCGAUGCACUGUGCGCAAUACAUCAUUGGGAGCCAUGGACAAGGCUUUUAUGCCCUGUUGCGCACAGGUGAAUGUCUCCAAGUAAGUGCGACUGCUUUGUUUCAAAGCACAGGAUCCAUGGAGCAGGAGAAGACACAGUCCAAGUGGCCCGAGUAUGCGGUCAAGGGCAUUGCCCGAAUGGUGGCAGCCUUUCGGUACAGGGAUGGAGCCUACCUGGUGUUGGAGUAUGCUCACAAGGGAGAUCUACACAACAUGCUGUGUUCGCUGGGCAAACUCCAGGAGGAUGUGGCACGAUUCUUUGUGGGCGAAGUGGUCGCGGCAUUGUGUGCAAUUCACGAUACAGGUGUGGAGAGUGACACGCUUUGGACUGACAUGAACGGCACAUAA